GCCGGCGCCGCCGCGUGACGUACGCGGCGCGGGAGCCGCCCCUCCCGCACGGAGGAGUCAGGCGGCCGCCCGCCGCGGCGGCCUCUGGAUGAGGACACUAGGCCGAAAGACGGUGUAGCUUGAUCGAAGUCCCAUACCACCACUUCACUAACUGGACUCCAAGGCUCUAGAUGCCUUGGUCGUUACGCUCCUCGCCACAGCCGGAGUGCGGUGCCAGUUUAACCCACGCAUUGUAGAGACGUGGAGACUAUCUGCCAGAGAGCCACAAUGGACACAGCUAGCCAUAGCCUUGUCCUUCUGCAGCAGCUGAACAUGCAGCGAGAAUUUGGUUUUCUGUGUGAUUGCACAGUUGCUAUUGGAGAUGUCUACUUCAAAGCCCACAGAGCAGUGCUUGCUGCCUUUUCUAACUAUUUCAAGAUGAUAUUUAUUCACCAAACAAGUGAAUGCAUAAAAAUACAACCAACUGACAUCCAACCUGACAUAUUCAGCUAUUUGUUGCACAUUAUGUACACGGGGAAAGGGCCAAAACAGAUUGUGGAUCAUAGUCGUUUGGAGGAAGGGAUUCGAUUUCUUCACGCCGACUACCUUUCUCACAUUGCGACUGAAAUGAGUCAAGUGUUCUCACCAGAGACUGUGCAGUCCUCAAAUUUAUAUGGCAUUCAGAUCUCAACUACCCAAAAAACAGCUGUCAAACAAGGGCUGGAGGUCAAGGAAGCUCCUUCCAAUAACAGUGGAAAUAGAGCUGCUGUCCAGGGUGACCACCCCCAGUUGCAGCUUUCUCUUGCUAUUGGGCUGGAUGAUGGCACUGCAGACCAGCAGAGGGCCCAUCCUGCUGCCCAGGCCUUGGAGGAGCACCAGAAGCCCCCCAUGUCCAUCAAGCAGGAGAGAUGUGACCCAGAAUCUGUGAUUUCCCAGAGCCAUCCCUCACCCUCUUCAGAGGUGACAGGCCCCACUUCCACCGAAAGUGGUAUCAAAAUACACCUAUGCCAUUACUGUGGGGAACGUUUUGAUUCCCGUAGUAAUCUAAGACAACAUCUCCAUACCCACGUGUCUGGAUCCCUCCCAUUUGGUGUCCCUGCUUCCAUUCUGGAAAGUAACGACCUUGGUGAAGUGCAUCCACGUAAUGAAAAUAGCGAGGCUCUUGAAUGCCGCAGGCUUAGCUCCUUCAUUGUCAAGGAUAAUGAGCAGCAGCCUGGCCACUCAAACCGGGGUACCACAGAGCCUUUGCAGAUCAGUCAAGUGUCUUUGAUCUCCAAAGACACUGAGCCAGUAGAAUUAAACUGUAAUUUUUCUUUUUCAAGGAAAAGAAAAAUCAGCUGUACUAUCUGUGGUCAUAAAUUUCUCCGAAAGAGCCAAUUACUGGAGCACAUGUAUACACACAAAGCAGUGUCUGCCAAAUGUUGUCUUCCUAGUGUUGAGGGAGAAGAGAGAAUGAAAAUGACAUCCAUAUGUAAAUUCUGGAAAAACACAUAACCCUGGAAACAAGCAUCUCAGUGAAGCUCUGUUGCUGAUCGAUGGGGAGAAUCCAUUUUAGACUCAUGUACGGUAUGGAAAUGCUAGUUCCUAAGAGUACUGAAUUAUAAGUAACUUUGGUGUCUGGGCAGAAAUGGCUGUAAACCUGAUUUAAUAUGUGUCUCCUGUACCUUAAACUGAAAAUUUACCCAGGAGUUCAACACCAACUCUUACAUAUCAGGUCCCUCUUUUUAAGCCAUCCAACCACCGAUGAACAAACUGGUAUCACUGUAAGAUAAAGCUAUAGAUCCCACUUAUAUUCAGUUUUAAUGAGUUUCUAAGUUCCUGGCUUGGUGUAAAAAUUUAAAACAAUUUCUGUUCUUAUACACAUGUUAACUGUGAAAACAGGAAAUUAAUAUUUCCCCCCUUUUCCGGAUUCAUCUGACAGACCGCUAAUCAUAGGCCAACCAUUUUGGUGUAUGUCAACACAAACAGGCUUUUAAAAAAGUAAUCUAGGGGACUUCCCUGGUGGCGCAGUGGUUAGGAAUCUGCCUGCCAAUGCAGGGGACACGGGUUUGAUCCCUGGUCCGGGAAGAUCCCACAUGUCGCAGAGCAACUAGGCCCAUGAGCCACAACUACUGAGCCUGUGCUCUAGAGCCCGUGCUCCUCAACAAGAGCGGCCACCGCAAUGAGAAGCCCGCGCACUGCAAUGAAGAGUAGCCCCCACGCGCCACAACUAGAGAAAGCCCACGUACAGCUACGAAGACCCAACGCAGCCAAAAAAAAAAAAAAAAAAGUAAUCUAUAAGAUCAUCUCAUUUCAAACUCCAUAAUACCAUGUAGAUGGUUUAGAAAUAAUCCUGAUGCGGACAAUGAAUAUAGCAGGACCAUUAGAAGAACUGGCUGAGCUGUCCCCAAUGUGGUCAUCAGCGUGGAUAUGGUGCCGAGCCUCACAAUGAGAGGCCUCUGUGCAGGGAGGCCUGUCAUGGGGAGAGGCCGUGGGGUGACUCAAAAGCUCAGCUCUAAGGGCCUCACAUGGUCUCCUGAGGCUCUCUGAAACCGAAGUCAGACACCCUCUCUUGGAAAUACUCACAGGCUGAAGAUGUUGCUCAAACCACCUGUGGUCUAUUAUUGGAGCAUACCAUCUAUCACUCACUAUGAAGUACUUUUAAUAAACUUUAUAAUUAUCUAGUAAGUAGCACGAUCAUAUGAAUGUAUUAGUUAAUUGCAGCACCUGAAGUACGCCACAGUUUUUGUCAGUGGUAACUGCUGAGAAAUGCUGGGACAACGGACACAGAUGGAUCUCCACGUCUGGAGUGCUCAG